AUGGCUCUUGGAGAACAAAAGAUUGAGAUGCCUAUACCAGGCGAAAAUGACGUUUUACAAUUCACCGAAAUUGCAAAGCAGUUAAAAGUCCCAUUUACAAUAUAUGCCGAUUUUGAAACGUACGUGAAACCCAUUCAGACGUGUGAUCUCGAUCCCAUUUCAUCACAUACUGUCAAUUUGUCUGAAUUCGAGCCCUGUAGUUUCGCUUAUCAAGUAAUAUCCAGCGACAUUAGAUAUACCAAAAAGCCAGUUGUAUACCGCGGUGAAAAUGUAGUAGAGACAUUUCUGAACAUGAUUUUAAAAGAAGAGGAAGAAAUACUGAAGUUACUGAAACGAAUAGAGCCCAUGAAAAUAAGCGAUGAAAUAGAAAAACAAUUUGAAGAAGCUACAAAUUGUCACAUAUUCGGUUUAGCUUUUGAUGGUAAUUCAACCAAGGUUAGAAGCCAUGAUCACGUAAGUGGGGGUGUGUUUGGAAUUGCACACCGUGACUGUAACUUGCAAUUUAAACAGGUAGAAUUCAUACCAAUUAUUCUGCAUAACCUGAGAGGCUUCGAUGGACAUUUAAUCAUGCAGAAAUUGGGUCUAUUCAAGAAUAAAAAGCUUAGUGUCAUUGCUAAUUCGAACGAGAGAUAUGUAACUUUUAGCUUAGGUAGCUUGCGAUUUAUUGAUUCGUUCCAAUUUCUAUCGUCUUCCUUAGACACUUUAGUUCAAAAACUCAAAUCAAGUGGAGAUGCACAUUUUAAAUACUUUAACAGACAUUUCAAAACCGAAAAAGAAAAGACAUUGCUUUUGAGAAAAGGUGUUUACCCGUACUCUUUUGUCACCGAUGCAACAAAAUUUAUGACUAAACAAUUACCUCCUAAAUCGGCAUUUUACAACUCUUUAAGCAAAGCUGAAAUAUCCGAUAAAGAAUACGAACAUGCACAGCUAGUAUGGAAUGAAAUGAGAAUGACAACAAUGGGUGACUAUCAUGAUUUAUACCUACUAUGUGAUGUCCUUUUAUUAGUUGAUGUUUUUGAAAGGUUUAGAGAAGUAUCAAUAGAGAGCUUUAACCUAGAUCCUGCACAAUACUUUACAUUGGCGGGUAUGUGUUGGAGUGCCUGUUUAAAAAUGACAAAAGUGGAGUUGGAACUACUGACGGAUAUUGAUCAAUACCAAAUGAUCGAAAAAGGUAUACGAGGGGGUGUAGCUAUGAUGGCAACUCGACAUGCUGAGGCCAACAAUCCAUACAUACCAGAAACAUUUGAUGAAAAUAAGCCAAGAGAGUAUUUGGGCUACUUUGACAUGAAUAAUCUUUAUGGGGGUGCCAUGCUAGAACCGUUGUCUGUUGGAGACUUUGGUUGGUUAAUUGACAAUGAAAUAUCUCAACUCGACGUAAUGAAUAUACAGAAAAAUAGUGACAUUGGGUAUAUUCUAGAAGUCACUUUGAGCUAUCCAGACAAAUUACACGAUUAUCAUUCAGACUUACCAUUAGCUCCAGAGUCGGUAACAAUUCUUUUGGAUGAUUUAUCUCCAUAUUGUAGAGAACAGUUCCAGAACAUUAACAAAAAAAGUAAAGGCGUAGUUUCAAAAAAACUGAUACCAACUCUUCGCAAAAAGGAGAAAUAUGUUUUACACUAUCGCAAUCUGCAAUUUUACCUUCAGGAAGGACUCGUGUUAACUGAAAUACAUAGAGCUAUUCGAUUUAGACAGGAAGCAUGGCUGAAACCUUACAUAGAAUACAACACCAAUAUGAGACGACAGGCAAAGAGUGACUUCGAAGUAAAAUUAUACAAAGACUACAACAACAUAGUGUUUGGGUAA